UCCUUUUCUAUAGUCUUCAUGACUUGGAUCAUGACUAGACGUUAGAUCAACAUGCAGUUUGGUAUUCUUCGUCUAUUCAUAUUGUAUUUAGUGUAAUGAUGUAGUGUAUUUACUCGAUCAAAGUGUAGUAAUCAGUGUAAAUCAAAUCUUAUUAUUAAUGCAAAACUCAUCAACGAGAUUAUUUGUUCGGUGAAAAAUUUGUACUUUGUUCUGCAGUUACUGAAAGUACAUCGAUUAGAAACAUAACUGUCACCUUGGUAUGUGUAAUUAGCAUUAACUUCUAAAAUAUUUGUGAAAUUUGUACACAAGUGUGAAUUGAAACAUUUAUUGGUGAAAAGAAAAAAUUGAAAAGAAAAGGCCUUCGACCUAAUAAUUCAUCGAUUGCUCAUGUGAUCUGAGUAAUAAAUUGGAAAAAAUGGAACGGACUGAUCGAGAGUUUCAUCGACGUACUUCUGCGUUACCGCUGAACUCUAAUGUUCAAAGAAUGUCGAUAAAAGUAUCAUUAUUUGUCCUCGUGAUAUCUUGCAUUUUUACGUCCACAAAUGCAGCAAAUGAAGGUCAUUGCAUUUGGUAUGGCAAAUGUAAUGAAGAUAGUUUACAAAGAAUGCAAUAUUGCAAUUAUACGGGUUCAGCCAAACCUCUGGAUUCAGAAGGGUUAAAACUUCUUACUAAACAUUGUCCACAUAUGGUACCUGAUGAUGGAAGUGCAGUUAGUACCUGCUGUGAUUUAGAACAACUUGAAAACUUGGAUAAUAAUAUCAAUUUAGCUGCUAACUUUUUGGACAGAUGUCCAAGUUGUUUGAGUAAUUUAGUCAAACAUUUCUGCGAUUUCACUUGUAGUCCAUUCCAAAGUAAUUUCAUAAAUGUCACGAAGAUAGAAACCAACAGUAAAAAUACAAGUAUGAAUUAUAUCACCGAAAUAGAGAUCUAUAUUUCAAGAAAAUACCUCGAUGGUACAUUUAAUUCAUGCAGUAAAGUAUCAGUUCCUAGUACUGGUCAACUAGCUUUGGAUAUGAUGUGUGGAGAAUGGGGUUCAAGCAGAUGCACACCUGAUAAAUGGUUCCAUUAUAUGGGAGAUGCAAAGAAUAAUUAUUAUGUUCCUUUCCAAAUUACUUAUAUUGGAACUGAUAAUAAAGUUGGUCCAUUUAGUCCAUUGGAUCCUGUUGUCGUACCGUGUAACAAAGCUUUGAAUCCUGGAACUCCAGCUUGUAGUUGUGCUGAUUGUGAAGAAAGUUGUCCGAUACCACCUGCACCACCUCAACCUCCUAAACCUUUUAAAAUUUUAGGAUAUGAUGGUAUUGCUGUAAUAAUGACGAUCAUUUUUGUUGGCAUAUCAACAUUCUUCUUGUUAUCAAUUGUUUGCUUUAGCAAACGAAAACAAAUAGUUGCACGAGGUGAAGAAGUAGGGAGACAGGUUGGUAGACGUCUAGCUGCUGGGCUACAUCAUCCAGGAGAUGUUGCGCGUAUUGCACUCGCGGCUGACCAGGAGGACAGCCCACUACAAUCUAAACGUUCCAGUGUCAUAUCAGCUGAAGACUUACCAAGCGGAUUAAGUGAUCAAGAGUCAACUGUGAUUGAACGACUUGGUGCUAACACUGAUAAAUUCUUACAAGAGUUCUUUUGCAAGUGGGGAACUUUUUGUGCUAAACAAUCAUGGGUGAUUUUAUUAGGCGGCUUCGUAUGCGUCAUCUUUUUGAGUACUGGAAUAAGGUACAUGCACGUCACAACCGAUCCAGUCCAAUUGUGGGCAUCGCCAUCAUCUCGUUCACGAUUGGAACGAACCUAUUUUGACAGCCACUUUGAGCCAUUUUAUAGGACAGAACAAAUUAUCAUUACUUCUAAAGGCCUUCCUAACAUCGAACAUAAUACAUUCAAUGGUCCAGUAACAUUCGGACCUGUUUUCAAUAAAACGUUCCUAGAACAUAUUUUUAAGCUUCAAGAAGGUAUCAAAGCGAUACGAACUGAAAAUAAUUUUACACUAGCAGAUGUUUGUUUUGCUCCAUUAACAAAUGACUUCACUGGGCCACCAACUGUUGAAAAAUGUGUAAUCCAGAGCCUUUGGGGAUAUUGGCAAGAUGAUCUUAACAAAUUUAACGAAUCGAGUCAAGAAGAUAAUAAGACGAUUAAUUAUUUAAAUCAUUUUCUUUCUUGUACUGGUAAUGCAUAUGGUCCAGAUUGUCUUGCUCCAUAUGGAGGACCAGUUGAACCAGCCAUUGCAGUUGGAGGAUUCCCACCUGCAUCAAAUCCACGCGAACAUCCUUCUUAUGAAAAAGCAACAGCCAUUAUUAUGACAAUUCUAGUGAAUAAUUAUCACAAUAAAACGAAAUUAAUACCGGCGAUGGAGUGGGAAAAAGCAUUCAUAGAGUUUAUGGAAAACUGGGUGGCGACCGCAAAACCUGAAUAUAUGGACUUGGCAUUUACAUCAGAGAGAUCUAUUGAGGAUGAAUUAAACCGAGAGUCACAGUCAGACAUCAUAACCAUUCUCGUUUCUUAUAUAAUUAUGUUUGCAUAUAUUGCGGUAUCUCUUGGACAAAUGAGAUCCUGUGGUCGACUAUUAAUUGACUCAAAAAUUACACUUGGUCUUGGAGGAGUUUUAAUUGUUUUAGCAUCAGUAGUAUGCUCUGUUGGAUUAUUUGGUUUUCUUGGACUUCCAGCAACAUUAAUUAUUAUCGAAGUUAUACCAUUUUUGGUAUUGGCUGUAGGAGUGGACAACGUCUUUAUUCUAGUUCAAACGCACCAGAGAGAAGGAAGAAGACCAAAUGAGUCAAUUCCAGAGCAUAUUGGUCGUACUCUUGGACAAGUUGGUCCAAGCAUGUUACUUACAAGUGUCUCAGAGAGCUGUUGCUUUUUUUUGGGAGGUCUUUCAGACAUGCCUGCCGUAAAAGCCUUUGCUCUAUACGCAGGAAUGGCCUUAUUAAUUGAUUUUUUCUUACAAAUAACUUGUUUUGUAAGUUUGUUAACACUAGACACAAUUCGACAGAAUUCAAACAGAUUUGAUAUUUGUUGUUGGUUCCGAGGAACUAAAAAAGAUGCUUCUGAAGAAGUUGAUGGAAUUUUAUAUAAAAUAUUUAAAAUUAUGUACGCUCCAUUCCUUCUAAAGAAAUGGGUACGAGCUGCAGUGAUGAUUAUAUUCUUCGGAUGGCUUUGUACAAGUAUAGCAGUUGUGCCACAUAUAGAAAUUGGUUUAGAUCAAGAAUUAUCAAUGCCUGAAGACAGCUUUGUGCUCAAAUACUUUAAAUUUAUGAAUAGUUAUUUAUCAAUCGGUCCGCCCGUGUAUUUCGUAGUAAAGCCUGGAUUAGAUUAUUCAAACUCGACUGAUCAAAAUUUGAUUUGUGGUGGGAGAUGGUGUAAUAAUGAUUCCAUUUAUAUGCAGUUGUUUACUGCAGCACGACAAUCAAAUGUGACAUAUAUUGCCAAACCUCCCUCUUCGUGGUUGGACGAUUAUUUUGAUUGGUCAACAGCAUCAGAGUGUUGUAAAUAUUUCCCAAGUAAUCACUCUUUCUGCCCGCAUGAAGGGAUAUCAUCAUGUGAUUCUUGUGAUAUAGAAGCUAAUGAAUAUCACAGACCUAAUGAAAUAGAUUUUCAAACAUAUAUCUCAUUUUUCUUACAAGAUAAUCCUGACGAAAGCUGCGUUAAAGCUGGCCACGCUGCUUAUGGUCAGGGAGUUAAUUAUGUAACGAAUGGCAAAACUCAUUUGUCUACUGUAGGAGCAUCAUACUUUAUGGCUUAUCAUACUAUCUUGAAGACUUCAGCAGAUUAUUAUGAAUCUAUGAGAGCUGCUAGAAAACUUUCUGCAGAGCUCACUGAUAUGCUCAAUAAUUAUCUUAAAAAGGAAAAUCGAAAUAUCACAACUGAAGUAUUUCCAUACAGUGUUUUUUAUGUAUUUUAUGAACAGUAUUUGACCAUGUGGCCUGAUACAUUGAAAAGCAUUGGAAUAUCUCUUGCUGCUAUUUUUGUUGUUACAUUCUUACUCAUGGGUCUAGAUAUUUUCUCAUCAAUUGUUGUUAUCAUAACAAUUACUAUGAUUUUGGUGAAUAUUGGUGGAUUGAUGUAUUGGUGGCAUAUUACUCUGAAUGCUGUAUCGCUCGUCAAUCUUGUGAUGGCUAUUGGUAUUUCUGUAGAAUUCUGCAGUCACUUAGUUCACUCAUUUUCUAUGUCAGUAAAAGAAACCAGAUUAGAAAGGGUUGAGGAAGCAGUUAUAAACAUGGGCAGUUCAAUAUUUAGUGGUAUAACACUUACUAAAUUUGGCGGCAUUAUUGUUCUUGGCUUCGCAAAAAGUCAAAUUUUUAAGGUAUUCUACUUCAGAAUGUAUUUGGGAAUUGUCUUAUUUGGAGCAGCUCAUGGACUUAUAUUUUUACCUGUACUGCUCAGUUAUAUAGACGUGAUGUCCGGCAGAAGAAAACGAGCACAACUGCUCAGUCAGAGCAUCAACAGGCCGACCACAAACCAUCAACCUGUUGACUCCACGUCUCCUCUUGUCCAGAAUGCUCCCAGCCUCGCGACCACUUCCUACGCCAGUAUAAACCAUGCCAAUGGUUAAAUGACGAUUUAUAUUUUGUACUUGAGGCAAGUUGUAUCAAUCUCAGCUGAUAAUUCUAAAUAAUUAUUUUACAUGCAUUUUCAUUAGUUAAACGAAUUUAUUUAACAUUAAAUAUUAUUGUAAUAAUAAUAAUUAUUAUUAUUAUAAUUAUUAAGAUCAUAUUUCCGUGGCGUAGAGAAAACAUACUGAUAAAGUAUAAUUUUUUUUUAUUUGAGAAUAUUAUGGUAACUUAUGAUAUAUAAGUUAUCUGAAGACUUUUGGUAAAAAGUAUUGUCUUUGGUUACUAAGAAUACUAAUUAAUUUAAACAAAUGUCAUAUCAGAAUAUUUUUAUUCUUUAUUUAUAUUUUUUAUCAAGAAAUUAGUUGUAUAGAACAAGCGAUUGGUGUCAAUGGUACUUUUUUGAUUAAAUUCAUUAGAUUUAAAAGUCGAAUGAAAUCUAACUUGUUGAAUGUUUAUACAAAUAUCUAGGCGCAAAUCUAAUUGUUUGUAAAUCGUACUAACAUUUUAAGCGUCACUGAUCGAGCCUAGCCAUGAUUUUGAAAGAAAAAAUAAAUUAUGAGAGUAAUUUUAAAUAAACAUUAACUUUUUGUAUAACAAUCCGAAGGAAAACCAGUGUAAAUGUGUGGAUGUUGUAUAGGAAAAUUCAUAAACUUUUUUUAAUUAAAAAUGUAUCCAACUAAGUUCUCGAUGUCUUUUUGACUGAAUUUAUGUCGGAAUUGUAUUGUCUAGCGUAUAAAGAAAAGGCUGCGUACUGAAUAUGGUGAUGAUAUUGAUAUGUAAUUUACUGUGGAAAUAAUAAGAAAGUUUAUUGUCGAAAUAUAUAUCUCGUGAAAAGUUUUGUGAGUGUUCAAUAAAUAAAUCUUUAUUAAUAAA